UCCCGAUUGUAAAUCAAACCUAUGUGAACGGAACCGAACCGAGUGUUCUUUCAACUUCCAAGUUCAUAGAGUCACCGGAAAAACAUAUGACUGAUAAACCCUAAUCCAAAGAAGAUGACGAUGGACGGCUCAGAUUUCUUUCAGGAUGAUUGUGAUUCGAUAGCUACAGAGAUAAAGGAUCAAGAGGAGCGGAUUCAACUCAAAAGAAGGUGGCUGUUGGGUCUUGAUACGCCUAAACCUGAGAAUCUCACUACUGAGUUUCUCGAAUCUGAGGAUCACACUCCAGGAAAGACUGAGUUUCUUGAAUCCGAAUGCCUCCCUGAAUCUUUGCUCAGGAAAGAUGAUUUAUUCUACGAGACAGCAAAGUCGCGUGUAGAAGAAGCGUUUGGGUGGUUCUGCAAGAACCAAGAGGCUCAACGUGAAGACUCCAAGUUAUGCACUGAAGACGUUGUUAGAAGGCUUAGCAUGUAUCUUGAUUCUUUAACUAAUGAAGGUCUAUCCCUCGUUGUAAAGAUCAUCACCGGAGGCUCUACUUCGUUUGACAAGACUCGGCCGAAAAUGAAACAGAUUAUCAGAGAAUCUGUCCGCACAGAUUUGAAAGAGAGUAGAACAGACGACAUUGUUAAGCAGUUGCAUCAAGUUCUCAGUGAUCCUGGAAACUUCCGGAAAGACUGCACCAUGGAUUCCGCAAAACCCAUGUUUCCGUCUCAUCAUGAUUCUGUGGUGAAAAUACUUAAUGAGCUAGAUAAGUCGUCGACUCAGACACUACUUGCAAUGAAAAGGAAACUUGUAGGUUCAGUGACGAUACCUCGGUUGAAACCAAGUAAAAUGGGUAAAAAGAAAAUGGACCUGAUAAACCAAGUGAAGCAAGCUAGCGAGAAGAUGCUCUCGGAACUUUCUCCAGGGGAGAAACUACAGGAGCCAUUGGCUAAGGCAAUGUCAUUAGUAGAUUUAUCACUUAAGUUAAGUCCUGGGUACAACAAAACUAGAGCUCCCACUGAUUUUUUCCAGUUUUCACCAGAAACAAAGAAGCUACAGAGCGAGAUAGUGAAGGCAGUUUGGUUACUCCGUUCGGCCAGGAUUGAUGCUGCGUUUGAAAAAGUGGGUCUUAUCUUAGACCCAGAAUCCCAAGUAUCAAAUCACAGCUUAAGGUCAGCGGUCGAGAGAAUGUUGAUUGAAUAUCUGUUUGAGUGCUGUGAUAUGGACGUCAUUCCAAAGUCUUUGACAAACGCUCUUUCAUUCGUCAACAAGUUUACGCCGAGUUUGGAUCAUAGAGUAUGUACAGGGGAAGCAAUUGAGGAAGAGACCGAGUGUAUAUUAAAUGUGAGUGCUCAAGUGAAGCAAAUAGUUUGGGAAUGUAGACCAGAUUAUGAGCUUGAUCAGGACUUUGGUGAUGCUUAUAUGGAGGAGCUAGAAGACAGUGAUGAUGGUUACAGUCAAGAAGAUGCUUUGGUUACCUAUGAUCCGUACCAAGACGAAGUUGGUGCAGAAUGCUCAGACGCAACCAACCAGCAUCAUAUCAGCUCUUCUCUUGUUAUAAGGGACCUGACAGAGAGUAUUACGAGAGCUCAUCCUAGGUGUCUCUCUACCACUCCCACGUCCAUUAAAUCUACACCUAUCAGUGAUAUAAAUGACAGAGAUAACCAGAUCAGCCCUCGUUCGUUGUAUUCUGUUGAAAACAUAGAGAGUGAUGAUCGUGGUGCGCAGAAUCCAAUCAAAAGAAAGAAGAACCAUUACCUCGCAGUCCAAGAAAUUUGUGACGACACAAGCUUGGUUGCCUAUAACCUAAUAGGACGCUUACUUGAGAAAUUUGCAGAACAAAAAGGCCUAGACAUAGAAGUGGAUCAACGUUCGUGUCUUAGAGGAGAAUCCAUACUUCAAGAAGAUGUAGAAGGUGAGGAGGUGAGUGAAGAAAAGCAAGCUUCACAGUUUCAAGGGAAGUCGUGUGAGUCCAUCACACUUUCUGCUGUCCAAGAGAUAAUACCCUCCCUUGAUAAAAGUGUCUUAUUGAAAUUAAAGGAGUUAAUGGAAUAGCUGCAAUGGAAUGAAAGAAGAAAGAACGCAAGUAUAUUGACCAAGUUUUCUGUUUUUUUUUGUGUAUGGUAAAUGACCAGAGUACAGCAUUAGCUUUUGAUAAAGCAUCCAACUUUUAAUU